UUCUCUUCAUACUUUAUCAACAACAAAUCCCUUCAUUUACUGAGGCAGAGCGGGUUAACAUGCUUCAUCCGUGAGCACAUCCGAGCGCGGGACUCUCAUUUUUUCCUUCAUUUCUAUUUAUUUGUCAGAUUAAAUCAACAGGUGACUUUGCGUGAUGCCCAGCCAGACUCUACGCCCGCGUCUCUGCGUCCUGGAGAAGAGCGAGAACGGAUACGGCUUCCAUCUGCACGGAGAGAAGGGCAAGAGCGGCCAGUUCAUCCGCCUGGUAGAGCCCGACUCCCCCGCCGAGCUGUCCGGUCUGCGCGCGGGCGACAGGCUGGUGUUCGUGAACGGGGAGCGCGUGGAGAGCGACAGCCAUCAGCAGGUGGUGGCGAGGAUACGCGCCAGCGCCGGGAGCCUGCAGCUCGUAGUGGUGGACACAGACACCGACCAGCUGCUGAAGAAACACGAGCUGAAGUGCUUGAAGGAGUUUGUCACGGAGGGCAUUCCGGUGCCCGAGUGCGAUGAUGAUGAGCCCGAGAUCAGCGACGAGAUGAUGCGGGACGACACGCCGCCGCCGCCGGUUCCGGAGAGGAACGGAGAAAUCUUUCCCGUUCACAUUCCCGCGGUGGAGAAACUCAGGACGUCCGUGAGCUCGGAGACGGACUUGAAGACCCAGCUCAGACCCCGGCUAUGUGUCAUUGAGAAAGGCCCCAAUGGCUUCGGCUUUAACCUGCACAGUGAGAAGUCCAGACCUGGCCAGUACAUCAGAGCCGUAGAUGACGACUCGCCAGCACAGAGAUCCGGCCUGAAGCCCAAAGACCGGUUAAUACAGGUCAACAGGGUUUCGGUGGAGGGGAAGCAGCAUGCUGAGGUGGUGGCUACUAUUAAAGCCGGGGGUGACAAGGCUUCGCUCUUGGUUGUAGAUUCAGACACAGAUGCUUUCUUCAAGAAGUGUCGAGUGAUGCCCACUGCAGAACACCUCACAGGACCGCUGCCUGAACCUGUGGUCAACGGAGACAUGGAGGACAAGGUUAACGGAAAUGUGGCCAAAGAGGUGGAGCUGAAGGACUCCAAGUUAUCAAUCAGUCCGUCUCCAUCCAACGCGUCCUCCAAUGCCUCCCUCACGACUCCGCCCACUGAGGCUCUGGAGCCGUCCAUCAUAGAUGCCAUCCCAGAGCUCAAUCUGUCCCUGCAGCAGGUGAAAGAGCGCGCUCACCAGAAACGCUGCAAUAAGAGAGCUCCACCCAUGGACUGGAACAAGAAAAAUGAACUCUUCAGUAACCUAUAGACCUCUGGUCGUCCGUCCACCCAUUCAUCCAUCCAUCAGCUCUGUUUAAGACUUGAUAAGACAGAGCAGAUCUUAUAAUGAAGUUAAAGUCAUCAAUGAAGUAGGCUCAAUAUGAUGUAUGUACGGUGUGUAUAUGUACACACAGAUUUAUAUGUAUUCAGAAUUAUGUAUAUGAAUUACUAACAGAUUAUAUUAGAUUACAUCUGCUACGGGGCAAAUGGAAUGUAAUAUUCUACGACUGUGAUGUAUUACGAUCAUUGGCUGUGUUCAGAAUGGAGUACUAACUUACUGUAAUAUUACUGCUCACUGUAUACUGUAUACUGUUUUAGAAUGGAGUAAAACAGUAGUAGUGUGACUGUUAUCACACAACCACUACAUUGCAUGCUUUAUUUAAUGAGCAGCAUCCAGUUAUCAUCUUGAAAAUAAAGUUUAUUUUGUAUGAA